CUUCGGCUCAUCUGAGCAGGCAAGACCUCUCCUCCUUUUGCUCUUUUCUGUCUGUCUUUCAUAGUUCUGGCUUAGCUGAAAAAAAGAGUAAGCUACCUGGUGCCUGUUACACUUCCUAACCUCCAUUUUUCCAACUGUUUGGAGGAAGAAUCAAAGUCCAUCCAAAGCAAGUACGUUUUUUGAAAGAAAAUGAGCACCUACACCAUCACCCUCAAUGGACCGGCACCUUGGGGAUUCCGUCUACAGGGAGGGAAGGACUUCAACAUGCCCCUGACCAUCUCCAGGAUCACACCUGGGAGCAAGGCUGCGCAGGGCAACCUGGUCCAGGGCGACGUCAUCGUGGCCAUCGACGGGGUCCACACGGACGGCAUGACUCACCUGGAGGCCCAGAACAAGAUCAAGUGUGCCGUCAACCUGGCUCUCACCAUGACCAAGUCCAAGCGCCCUGUUCCUCUUCCUGUCGGCGCCACAAGAGUUGAUGGUUCCAUGCCUGUUAUCCCUCACCAGCAGGUUAUCUCCAACACUCCUGCCAACAACGAGUACCUCCCCAAUUUCAACCCCACUGCUCUCAAGGACUCGGCCUUGUCCACCCACAAGCCCAUUGAGGUGCCGGGCCCGGGCGGCAAGGCCACCAUCAUCCACGCCCAGUACAACACCCCCAUAAGCAUGUACUCGCAGGACGCCAUUAUGGACGCUAUCGCUGGGCAGACCCAGGCCCGGGGUAAAGAAGGUACUCUCCCAGUAAAAGACCGUCUUGUAGACAGUGCCUCCCCAGUGUAUCAGGCGGUCAUCCAGAAGAAGGAUAAGGAGACGGAGAUCAACGAAGGGACCCUCCGGGCUGCCCAUCACCAGUCCAAGUCCUUCCGCAUCCUUGCCCAUAUCACUGGCACCGAGUACUUGCAAGACCCAGAUGAGGACCGUCUGAUGAAGUCAAGGGAAAAGUUUCAGUCAGAAGCUAAAGGCCCACGUUUUGCUAGAUUGAAAAACUGGCACCAUGGUCUAUCUGCCCAGAUCCUCCAUGCAUCAGAAUAUCCCCCUGUUGAGCAUGCUCCAGUGUCCACCAGCCUUAUGGCUGACGCUCUGCCUGCCACUGCCGCUUCGCCCAAUCAACCUGCUUCUGAGCCAGAGUGCCUAGCCAAUCAGGCACCACUGCCUGAUGCUACCUCAAGUCCAGAACCCGCCCCUGUAGAGCCUACCCCAGAGAGCUCUCAGUCCCUCUCACAGCCUGAACCUGCGCCACAGCCUGUGUCGCCCCCACAGUCUCAGGCCCUGACACCAGUGGCCCCCGAGGCCCCUGCAGUCUCCCCCAGGGCCCCCCGCCACCUGAACCCUGCUGCCUCCCAUAUCUCGUCCGCUCUGACUGCGCAGUCUAGAAACCAUGUUUAUAAACGAGGGCCGCCGCCCACCUCGGCUUUGGAGGCCCUGACAAUCACCCCGAUGUUCCGCACCAGAAAUUUGCCCAAACGUGGGCGCUCCCUGCCCUCGGGGAAACCCAAGCAUCUGAGCUACAGCCUGCAGUCUGCCUCUGGUUACAGCUCCCACUUCACAACCUCCAUGUCCAGCCAGUACAUGUCGGGUCCACCCAUGCAGGCCCCAAUGCAGCCCCCACCACAGAUGCAGCACCCGCCACAGAUGCAGCACCCGCCACAGAUGCAGCACCCGCCUAUGCAGUAUCCCCCAAUGCAGUAUCCGCCAAUGCAGCCUCCACCCAUGCAGCAAAGCUCCAUUCAGAUUCCUGUGGGCCCCCCGCCACAGCAGCCUAAAAUGGUCAGCACUGCCACCAUUGUGCCUGCCGCCUACCCCUCAGCACCAGCUCCUGCCCCGGCUCCUGCCCCAGUCCAGAUCCCCAUCGCCAUGGCCCCAGCUCCGGCCCCCUCCGCUCCCACUCCCCCCUCCAACCGCCCUCCCUGGGUGACAGACGACAACUUUGCCCAGAAGUUCGACCCCGGCAAGACCACCAGCACCAGCGUCAAAGUGCAGCCUCUUCCCCAGUCUGCCCCUCCUCCUCCUGCCUUCAUCCCUAACCCGGCCCCUGCCCCGGCUCCCAUGGGUGGCCCUUCGCCCUUCACCCCUGCUGCCCCCUUCCCCCCUGUGGCCCGGGGGGUAGCCCAGAGGGCAGAGCGCUUCGCUGCCGGCAGCAGGACUCCCAUGUGUGGGUCAUGCAACAGCAUCAUCAGAGGCCCAUUCCUGGUGGCACUGGGCCGCUCUUGGCACCCCGAGGAGUUCAACUGCCACUACUGCCAAAUGUCGCUGGCUGAUGCCAGCUUCGUGGAGGAGCAGAACAGUGUUUACUGCGAGAACUGCUACGGCGAGUACUUCGCCCCCACCUGUGCCCGUUGCAACACCAAGAUCAUGGGGGAAGUGAUGCAUGCGCUGCGGCAGACUUGGCACACCACCUGUUUUGUGUGCGCUGCGUGUGGGAAGCCCUUUGGAAACAGCCUGUUCCACAUGGAGGAUGGUGAACCUUACUGUGAGAAAGAUUACAUUGCCCUUUUCAGCACUAAGUGCCAUGGCUGUGACUUCCCUGUGGAGGCCGGGGACAAGUUCAUCGAAGCUCUUGGUCAUACCUGGCAUGACACUUGCUUUGUUUGCGCGGUGUGCAAUAUCAACUUGGAGGGCCAGCCAUUCUACUCCAAGAAGGACAAGCCUCUGUGCAAGAAGCAUGCUCAUGCCAUAAAUGUGUAGAUGGCCCUGAGUUGAAUCAAAGGCAUGGGCAAUAAUGUUACGUGCCAUAUGUUAUUACUAUGUACUGGCAAAGCACAUUUCAAACAGAACCAUCAGUGUCAGUCAAACAUCCCAUUUGACUUAAAAUGAUGAUUGCGAUUCUAAUGUGGUAGUACCAUGAAAAGUAUGAUUGUUAAAUGUUAAGCCAUAAGUGUCCCACUGGUUAAACAAUUUAUUUAUUUCAGAACUAAUAUAUGAUUGUGCUUCUCUACUGACACAAAAUCACAAAGCCCCGACUUUGUUACUUAACCAUGGCCAUUUAUGACUAGACGGAAAACAUGGUGUGGUUUGUUUGAAGAUUUAAGCAUUCACUUGAUCAGCUUUCUUUACUAUACAUAAAAGCUGCACCUCCUGUAUAUAUUUUUUGGCCUUUAUUUUUUAUCUUACCAGAAAGAACAAAUAGACACAAGGGAACAGAUCCCAAAGCCAAUAUACUUUUCUAUGCAAUUAUGUGCCUUCAUGUAGGACCUGAAUACAUAUUACAAUUGGAUUUAUACUAAAAUUGCCAUGUUUUAUUCUGUGUUAACGUAAAGGGUGAAUUUCAGACCAAUGUAUUUAUCGGUCACACUCGCUGUUUACUAAAACGGUAUACACGUACAGGUACAAGUACAGUGUUCAUACAGGUUAACCCAUUUUAUAUAUCAACAUGUACUUUGUGUGAAGUACUUAUGAUUGUAUGCGACUGUGUGUGUGUGUAUGAAUCAGUAUUCACAUGUUUGUGCCAGUAGAUUAGCUUGUGUGAGUGUGUGUACAAAUUCUGGAGAAAUAAUUUGUCUUUUAAAUUAAAUACAACGGAGGACACUGCUUUGGUUGUGAUCAAGUGUUUUCAUCUGACUAAUGAUAGAAUUAAACUACAAAUGAACAGUAAUACAAAUGAUGUGAAGUUAUUGGCCAUCAUUAUAAAGUUUUCUACCAUAGGGGUGGAACAAAGCUGUGGAUAUUAAUUACACAGUUUAUAACACUGUUUUCGUGGUAAUAUCACAUUGUUGUUUUUCCCAUGUAAAGAAUUCAGUGGUAGCUUGAAUCUAUAUGAACUACUGAAUAUUUGUAACAGCUGUGAAUGAACUUUCCAGUGUGUUGUUUAUCCAUCUUAGUCUGUACUAAAAUAGUGCAUCAACAUAGUUUACACUUGGACUUUUAAACAUUUUGUAGGGAAAGUGAGGACUUGAUUAUUUUGUAAAAGCAGGAUGAAAGACAUGGUUAUCACAAAUAUGAUGGGUUUGGUGAGGCUGGGUUAUAAAGAGUAUUUUUUCUGCGAUGCAGGUUACUGAAAUGUGAGCUCUUAAAAUACAUUGAAGAAAUUUGUAAAAAGGGUGAGUCUUGAAAUGUCAUGUUCAGUAUUUCUUGAUAUAAAACUGUUAGGCUAUUAAAUAACGUCAUCUUAGAACAGGCUUUUGACGGACCACAUCACUGUGCCAUUUGAAUGUCUAAGGUUUUAUAAGGUUUUAUUUUAAUUUUCCACCAAAAGGAAAUCAAACAAAGAUCUAGUCCCGUCACAGUUCUGCAUCUGCAUCAUCCAAGUAUCUCUUGCUCAUUUCACAAACCAUUCCCUGUAAUUGAUAGUAUAUUUUUACUACCAUAUUUCUCUGGAGACUGUAAAAAUAUACUAUCAUAAUUCAUCUUUAGAACUUUCUGUAUCUCAUCCAUUCUGAACUUUCUGUAUCUCAUUCAUUCCAUUACAACUAGCAUUUUUUCCCAAGGUAUAGACUCCCUUCACUCAGAACACAUGUGCAAACAUUUGCCAUGUAUCUCAUAUCUUGUCAUAGCUGGUUGUAUCAGUGUCUGAAAGUAUAAAUGGCCCUGAUUUUUGCCCUUUAAAUGUGGCCUCUGGUGGGUCCUUCAUGUGUCACAGCCUACUUGUUUUUCUUUCAGUUGUGUCAUUAGGACUGUUUGUGGGUAGGGUUUUGAGUGAUGAAGUUGAGGAGUUGUUUAUGAGACAUAUAAUGAAGAAAUUAUUAGAUUGUUUUUGGCAUUGAAAAAAAAAAAUUACGUCUCUUAAUAAUAAUUUAUUUGCUUAUUUAAGAUUUUUAAAGCAGUUUCAGAAAUGAUGCAAUAUGGCCUUGACUUUAGGUAGUUAUGUCCUUAACAUGUCUGCUUGAUAUGUUUGUGUAGGAUUUUCCGUUGUCUUUGUAUUUGAGGUAGGAGGCUAAUACCACUAUCUUUAUUUUCCAUUGAACACUAUUUUGAGAUGUAAAGCAAAGAGGACCUCGCAGUCACACAGUCUGACAUCAAAGAUUGGCUCCUUUAAUGCUGCGAAUGGGCAGAAAUUAUAUGCUUCUGGUUUUAUGGUGCUUUUGCUGGCCUUUUCCUCUAGGUGCUAAGCAAGUCAAUGAGGGAUUAACCAAGAAGAAGAUACAGUAUAGUGUUUAACCUAUUACAACAGUUUUAUUUAUUUAUAGAUGGAAACCGAAGAAUGUCCAUCCUCUUGUAGCUGAAAAGGUUAAAAACAUUAAAUGUAUGCAUGUUGUUUUUCUUUUAAUACCACAAACUUUGUGUUGCCUAUAUUUACUGACCACCAGAAUAAAAAUAUAUUGCUUUCAAAUACUUCUACAUUUUGUUAACUGAUUGCUUUGGAUUCAAUGUCAGGACAAAUCUGGUGAUACCUUUUUAUGACUGGAGGUCUGGCUGAAGCAUGUCUUUGAUAGGUUACUCUUUGGCCAUGAUGUUUUUUUAACUAUGUGUUGGACAUAGUGAUAAAGUUAUUUAGAACAUGACGCAAAGUGUGUCAGAUCAUUUAAGGUUUUCCAUGAAAGUUAUGAAAAUAUCUAUAUGCUCGCCAAUGUGCAAAUUUGAAUGUUUGGCUUGAAACUUCACCUUGAGCAAAUAAUAAAAUGUAUGUUUAUGAAUACACAGA